UAAUUUUACGUUAUAGAUACUUCAGUUUUUUCACUUCAAUAGACUAAUUGCCAAUAAUUGAAGAUAAGAUUGAAGACAGAUUUAAAUGUAAUCUGUAUAUAAACUUUUAUUUAAAUAUUUAGAAAUGUGUGGGAUUAUAUUCUCAGCAGAAUUUUUUUUAAAAUGAACGCUACGGAAAGUGAAAAACGUAUCUUUAAUUUUUUGCAACUGCAAAAUUGUUGCUUAAGAUGUUGUUUUCGUUUUGUUGGGUGGCGUACGCUAGAUUGUUACGAAGAUCCUAUUAAAUAUGCAAAAGAUGCUGGGUAUAUUAAAGCAGAAGAUAUCUCUUUUAACGAUGAUGUACCGUGCAUAACCUGCUUAGGAAUUCUACAAAAUAAGACACAAGAACAAGUUAUUGGAAAAAUUCAAGUUGAAGUAAAUAAACAAAAUUAUGAUAGUGGAACAUUUAUAUGUGCAUUAACAAUACCAGUAUGCAUCAGUGUCAGAGAACGUUUUUUGCAUAUACAAUGUGCCACCCAACUUAAUCUUUCAGAAGAUGCAUUGCUAGAUUUUAAAAUCAAACUGCAAAGUGUUAAAGAUGUUUGGAAAUGGAUAAUGAUUCCGAAAUUAGAAUUGGCUAUUAAAAAACAAGUGGAUUCAAUGACACCUUCUCCAUUUCUGAUUGAAAUUAUUCUAACAUACAAAUUUAAUGAGAAAGAAUGUGAAACAUUAUUAUUGUGCAAAGGAACAAAUAACACAGGGAAUAAACGGGAAAGAAAAUAUAACGAGAAUAGAUUUAGCAGGAAAAGUAUAGAGACUCUAAUGACCAAAAUAAUAGACAAAGAAUUUUUUCAAUACUUUAAAGCUGUGUCAUUUGAUACAUCAGAUAACAUUAAUGUAGAAAAUAUCAUAUGUUCACAUUCAAGUAUUUUUAUAGGAGGGCGGUAUAAUAAAUUAUCAAGAGAACUCAGUCAAACUCCAUGGUUCAUAAAUGGAGAAAAAAAGAUGCAAACAUCUGUUCAGGACAUAUUGUGUAAUCCUAUUGCUGAAGUAACAAAAGCUCAAUCUAUUAAAUUUUUAUCAUCUGGAAGAGAAGAUGUGGACGUUAGAAACAUAUAUUCUGGAAGGCCAUUCGCCGUUGAAUUAAUUAAUCCUCGAAUGACCAAAAUAACAGAAGAAUUACUAUCAAAUUUAGUCAAUAAAAUUAAUCAGUCCUCAAAGCAAGUACAAAUUACGUCAAACUUAAAAGUUUUAUCCAAAUAUGACUUGAAAAGGUUAAAAGAAGGCGAAAAUGUUAAAACAAAAUUUUACCGAGCACUUUGCGUUUGUCGUAAUUCGUCUAAGAACGUAUUAUCUCUUGAAAAAUUAAAUGAUUUGAAACGUGUGAAAAUAAUACAAAAGACACCAGUGAGAGUAUUGCAUAGACGACCUUUAAGUCCCAGAGAACGAUUAAUAUAUGAAAUGAGAGCUCGCUGGGUUGAGCCUCAGGAAUUAAAAAAGUUGGAUAUUACUACUGAGGAUGCUAGUAUGUUUUUUGUAUUAGAUAUCAAAACACAAGCUGGAACAUAUGUAAAAGAAUUUGUGCAUGGAGAUUUUGGUCGAACUAAACCAAGUUUAUGCGACAUUCUUAAUGUCGAAAUCGAUAUAGUCGCAUUAGAUGUAACAGGGAUUAAUUUAAAUUGGCCAUAAAAAUUAUGUUAGUAUUGAAAUAAUUUUAUACACCAAUGUAAAAAAUAUAAAUGUUAUCUUAAUAAUAAUUGUUUUAUAAUAAAAAAUAUAUUUCAAAUAA